CGCAUGCGCAGGGAGGAAAUGGGGACGGUUGCGGAGCAGGGCGCAUGCGCGCCCCCUCAGCCUCAUGGCGCCUACUAAGCUUUGCCCGCCCUUCCCCUUUGUCUCCUCCGCCUCCCUUGCGCGUGCGCCGCAGAGAGCGGGCGCGAAACAGGCGCCUGUGUACUACGGAGGCGGGAAGUGCGGGCGCAUGCGCACAGGGAGUGUGAACUGAGGGAGGCUCGCGCGCGCGCGCACAUAUGCCGACCGCGGGCGGGUGGCGCGUGCGCAGUGACUUGUCCCGCGGGCGCCACCGCGCCUGCGCUGUAGCGUCGCUGGCGACAUGGAGGCGGAAGCGCCGGCCGAGCCGGUGUGGGAGUGUCGCCAUUUUCCAAAAUGGCGGCGCUGCAGGGGCUGCUGGUCCCGCACCUGCUGCCCGAGCGCUGCUACGACGAGCUGUUCGUGCGCUUCAACCUGCUGCACGUUCCCUGCCUGAAGAUCCUGAUCAGCAAAGGGCUGGGACUCGCCAUCGUCGCGGGGUCGCUGAUGGUGAAGCUGCCCCAGGUGUUUAAGAUCCUGGGGGCGAGAAGCGCCGUGGGGCUCAGUGUCCAGGCCGUCCUGCUGGAGCUGCUGGCCAUCACCGGCACCAUGGUCUACAGCCUGGCCCACGGCUUCCCCUUCAGCGCUUGGGGCGAGGCGCUCUUCCUCAUGCUGCAAACCGUCGCCAUCGGCUUCCUGGCCCUGCACUUCGGGGGACGCACGGCGCAGGGGGUCUCCUUCCUGGUGCUGUAUUUCACUCUGCUCUGCCUGCUGCUCUCCCCCCUGACCCCCCCGCCCGUGGUCACCCUCCUGCAAGCCGCCAACAUGCCGGCCAUCGUCGUCAGCCGGCUACUCCAGGCGGCCACCAACUACCGCAACGGGCACACGGGGCAGCUGUCGGCCGUCACCGUCUUCCUGCUCCUGGGCGGCUCCCUGGCCCGGAUCUUCACCUCCGUCCAGGAGACGGGCGACCCCCUGCUGGCUCUGACCUACGUCGUCUCCUCCGUCUGCAACGGCGUCAUCGCGGCCCAGCUCCUGUAUUACUGGCACGUGCCGGCCGGGGCGGGGGCCGGGAAGAAGCGGGAAUAGAGGGGACCCUCCCCCCCGAGACUCUCACCGCGGCCGGCACCCCCCCCCCCCGCUGCCCUCUGAGCCGUAUCGGCCCCCGUCUGGCUGCACCGGCGCCCCCUAGAGGGGAACCCGCUGAGCCCCCCCCUCCCCAGCUGGGCUCCGGCGGGGGGGGGAGCCUGUACCCCCCCCAUCCAGUGAGGUAAUUAAACGCUGAUCUGCCAGGA